AUGACGAUCGGACCGCCGAGGCGCGUGUCGUCGCAGCAGGCGGAACGCGAGAACGGCGAGUCUGGUGCCGCGUCUUCGCCAGAGGACUUAGCACAGGCGUGGCUUCACAGCCGCCUGCGCGACCUGAACGAGGACGACUUCGAGGGAGGACUCCGCAUUUUCUGCACCAGUAACCUGGUGCCUCCGGAGGCCUUCCAGGACGUGUGGCACGUGAUCUCCAGGGACUCGGACAUACGCGAAGGUACACCCCUGCUCAGCGGGGAGGACUCGGCCAAUCUGCACACCAUCCUUGUGUUCUGCAACCAGAACAGUUGCAACGAGGUCAAGAGGCUCUGCGACAUCAUCACGAACAUAGAUACGGGCAGCCAGGACGCCCCGCCGAUGUUCUGGGUGCCCCACUCCGCUGCGCCUGGCUCCCAACGCCAGGACAACUCGGACUUAGUGAGGCCAGAGCUGGUGGGUGAUCUCUUGCGCAAGGGCCUGGACGGCAUCGUGUGCGGCGAGCCAGCGGGGCUGCGACUCUCCAUGGCCGUGCGCUCGAUGAUCCGCAAGUCGGCGAGCCUCUCGCGGAACCUGACCGAAAUGGUCGCGGAGACCCGCUCGCGGACGCAGUACGCGGAGUAUUUGCAGCAUUGCGCGCACGCGGCCCUGUGGGACUACGUGAGGGCCCGCCUGGCGCCCGAGAUCCCGCCGGUCGACCACAACCUUGAGCCCGGAGAGCCGCAGGAGCUUCCCGGCUACAUCAUCGGGAACAAGCUCGGACAGGGGAUGUUUGGGUCUGUCUACAAGCUGACGGAGAGGCCCGGGGUGGGCAACAGGGUCCAGGUUGUCAAGGUGGUGUCCACUGAGGCCAUCACGGAAAUCAGAGACUUGAUGUACCUCAACCGCAUGAUCCGCGUGAUGCAGAUGCUGAGCGACGAGAAGGCGCGUCAUCCGAACAUUAUUCGCCUUCACCAGACAUACCACUCGCCGACGCACAUCAUCUUUCGACUGGAGUACGGGGGCCCAGAGAACUUGUACCGCCGCCUGCACCACCGCCAAGCACUUCAGCCGGAGAAGCAGCGACCACUGAGCAUCGACAGGGUCGUGAAGAUCGCCUCGCAGUGCGUCGAGGCAGUGUGGCACCUGCACGCAGUGGUGCAGGUCUGCCACCGCGACAUCAAGCCAGAAAAUAUCAUCGUGAAUGAGACGCCCGAGACCAUCACCAUCAAGCUGGCCGACUUCGACCUCUCCGUCAUCAUCCAGGACGACAGCAAGAUGUACCAGAGCCCCUGCGGCACCGUGCCCUUCGCCGCCCCAGAGGUGCUCCGAGAUGGUCCCGCCUACGACCCCUGCCCAGCGGACAUCUGGAGCCUGGGCGUCGUGCUCGCGGAGGUAUUCUGCGGGGUGCGUGUGGUGGAGCUCGCGAUCGAGGACGCAGAACCAGAGGUGCGGCCAGAGGGCGAAAACACAACGUGCACCGAGUGCAUCCAGACCUUCUUCCAGAUGCCUGCCGCGGUUGCCAACAUGCUGGAGAAGAGUUGCCGCCCAGAGCUCCGCUCACUGCUGCCCACCUGCAGCGCGAUGCUCACCGGGAUGCUGGUGGUCGACCCCACUCAGAGGAUGGAGGCCGACGACGUCCGCUCCGUGGUGGAGCAGGGCUUCGCGCCUCUGGCCCUGGGGCCCGCCGCGCCCGCGGGGCCGAUGGCGCCCGGCGGUCGGCGGCGGCGCGCCCCGCCGCGCGGAGCUGCGGAGGGCGCCCCGGCAGCGGGCGUCACACCGUGA